AAUGGCGGCGCACGUGAGAUGGGGUAUUAGGCAGCUGUUCCGGGCAAGAAACACGGUUCACUUUAGGUUCCCAGAUGGAAUCAGAAGUUCGUACCGUUCACCACCAAAGCCCCAGAGCUUCAGAGCAGCGCAGACUCUGGCCGGGACUGGACCCACACACUCCGCCCUGAGACCCCUGUCCAUCCAGACUCAAGACACCCCGAACCCCCUCAGCCUGAAGUUCCUCCCUGGUAAACCUGUACUUGGGAGCGGGACGCUGGACUUCCCUUCUCCAAGCUCAGCUGGAUGCUCAACAUUAGCCAGGAACAUAUUUGAAAUUGAGGGAGUGAAAAGUGUCUUCUUUGGCCCGGACUUCAUCACAAUCACAAAAACUGAUGAAGAGGUGGAGUGGACAGACAUUAAACGUCAUGCUAUGGAGGCCAUUUCCAAGUUCUUUGAGAGUGGUGACCCAGUAACAACAGGAGAAGUGCACAAUGAAAGUAGUUUCUCUGAAGAUGACGAUGAAGUUGUAUCUAUGAUCAAAGAGCUUCUGGACACUAGAAUCAGGCCCACAGUACAAGAGGAUGGAGGUGAUGUCAUCUUUAAGGGUUUCGAGGACGGCACAGUAAAGUUGAAGUUGGUUGGGUCCUGCACUGGUUGUCCCAGCUCUACGGUCACUCUUAAAAAUGGAAUUCAGAACAUGAUGCAAUUCUAUAUUCCUGAAGUUGAAAAUGUGGAGCAGGUGGAAGAUGAAGUGGAUGAAAUUAAUGCAAAGGUUUUCGCUGAUGUGGAGCUCAAAUUAAAAGAGUAACACCGUUCUUAACCAACAGACUCCUGAACUGUCAGAGAGGAAAAAUGCGUUUCACUGUAUAGACACAUGGCUAUGUAUUCUUCCCACGUAUAACUAUACUUACUGUAUAUCUUAGGACUGAAUAUUGAGAAUUUUCUUCAGCUGCUUUGUAUCCAAACAUGUUUAAGGUUUAACUUACAUGUACAAAUUGUACACUUUUGUUGCUAUGAAAAGUUGAUAUACUGUAUACUGUUAAAUGCUGUAUUUUUUUGUUGAAACAAAAAUGUUCUGCCGUGAUGGUUGUAAAAGAUGUUAUAUUUAUUUCUUAUAAAUACUGUAUAUUGAGGAAAAAAAUUCUUAUGAAGGAGAUUUUAUGAAAUUUUGUGAGUGGUUAAGAAAAUGUGAUGGGAUGCUCCAAUGAAUACUGUUGAAUCCAUAAUAAAGCAAAACUAAACUUUUGGGUAAUUAAAUACAUCAUCUAUAAACUGUAUUACAAGAAAGUGUUUAUGAAAAAAAAUCAAUUUAGCCACCCCUCACACAGAGUAGGUUUACAGAUUUGAUAUGCUUUAAUGUGAAAAUGUUUAAAUUUGCUCUACUGUAGCAUAUUAAAGAUCACUGGUUGACAGCC